AUGUGGCUUCAAGUUCAGAAUAGACUACUUACUGCUGACAGACUCUUGAAAUGGAACAUACAAGUUGAUCCUGUCUGUCAAUUGUGUCACACAGGGAAUGAUACUAGGGAUCAUCUUUUCUUUGAAUGCUGUUUUGCUCAAUUGUUGUGGAAGAGAUUGAUGAAAUGGAUGCAAUUUCAAUGGCCAGGAGUUCACAACUGGAUGCUGCACUACCAGACUAUUCUGCAGCUUAGCAAAGGCAGAUCCAAACAAGCUCAAUUGAUUAAGAUGGUCUAUGCAGAAUAUAUUCAUGCCAUUUGGAUAGAAAGGAACACUAGAGUCUUUGAAGGAGGGGAGACACAAGGGGAACAAAAUGCUAAAGCAAAAUGCCUACUAGCUGCUACUGGUUGGAUAUGUAAGGAUGCUACUGUUGGUAAUUAG